AAACCGUCGGAGGAGCGAAAAAAGGCGGGAAAGCGGGAGGGGCGCGCGCGAGGAGCCUAAAAAACCCCGCGUUUUGCUGAGAGGAAAAAGGAUUUUGAAAAGCGUGUGGGAAUCGCUAUGAAAUAGUUAAAAAUAAAAUAAAAGACUACAGUCUGCAUAUAUGAUGUAAGGGCGUCUGUUUUAAAUAAAUGAAUAUCCCUGAAUGAAUAUUAUUUAAUGUAAUGAGAGGUCGUCUGCUUACAAGCACGGCCGUCCUAAACCGCCCCCCCCCCAUGGCAAAAAAGCCCCAUCGUGCGCUACAUGGCUUGGCGGUUUUUAAUCGCCUCAAGUCAGACGUGGUCUCUCAGGAGGGCUUCUCCAUCUGAACUUUCCCCCAUUUUAUAUAUUACACUCCCAUCUCUAUCGUAAACCUCAGGGCUGCUGCUGCCAACUUCCCAGCUGACAUUUGCAGCUGGGCUCUUAAUGCCCAGAGGUUGGUGGAUAAUAUGCGAGCCUUCCCUCAUCCUAUACUUUUCUUACAGAUGCUCCCUGCCAUGGGCAUAGCCAGGAUUUAUGUUGGAUGGGGAGAGAACACUAUCUGUGCUGGAAUUGUUCAGUUAGUUAAGGUUUUUGAAAUUUAUUUACUCGAUUUAGUGUGGGGAGCAGCUGCGCCCGGCCCCAGAUGUGGAUGAACUACAACUCCCAUCAUCCCUAGCAAGCAUGGCCAAAGACGAGGGGUGAUGGGAGUUGUAGUCCAGCAAAUAUCGAGCCAGCCAAAGUUUCCCCACGCAUAACCUAUUUGUUGUUAUUUAGUCGUUUAGUCUUUUCCCGAUUGAAAUUGCCCCCCCCCCCCCAGCUAUUGACUCCACUGAGGGAGGAAAAACAACAGCGAAGCUUGGUAGGGACGAGGGGAGCAAAGAUUCCACAUUCCUGGUAUAAGACAUAAUAAGAAUGCCCAGAUGGGAAAGAGGAGCCAUGUUCCUUUUUCCAGGUAGCUUUGGGGUGGGGGGUUUCUUGCUGGGUUUUUUCGUCCUAGGUGCAGCUUCCAGAAGGGCACCAAUGAGGCCCCCAGCCUGUGUGCCUGUGUACAUAAAUGUGUGGGUCGUGUGUGCCAAACUGGGUCUUUGAUGCGGGUGAAAUAAAGCCUAGCUUCGCCCUGCCAAUGGCGGGUGGGUGGGCCAGAGGCAAAGGUGCAGCAGAUCUGAGUCUUGCCUUUGAGCAGUAGGGCAGUUUCUGCACACGCAAAAAAGACAAGAGUGUUCCUGUGCAGACCCACACAUUUCUCCUUCCUUGGAGGUUUUUAAGCAGAGGUUGGGUGGCCGUCUGUCAUGGAGGCUUUAGCUGAGGUUUCUGCACUGCUGGGGGUUGGAUUGGAUGACCCUCGGGGUCCCUUCCCACUCUACAGUCCUCUGAUUCUCUAUUUAUUUAUUCCUUAAAAUUUAUAUACUGCUAAAUGGUUAAAUGAAAAGCCUCGGUGAUUUUAUCGUUCACUCAGGCAAGCAAGAGGCAUGCACGGUCGUCACAGGUCAAAAACACAUUUCAGCCAGGCCAAGAACACUCUGGGUUGUAUCCAACUCAGUUCUACUCAGAGUAGACGGAAAUGAAUACAUCGAAGCUAAUCAUGAUCAUUAAUUUCAACGGACUCUACUCUGAGUCGAGAGCUGGUUACUGCCCUCAAGGAGCGGGCAGCGCAGGGCAGAAGAGGUUUGGUCCCGCUGGGGAAAAAAUACAACCAAUAAAAUAAAACCUAAAACUAUUAAAACUCUUCAUCUGUGAUAUUAGAGGCAACAUAAAGCAUUUUAAUAACAAAUAUGUAUUAAAUAAAUAAUGUAUUCAUUUUAAACCACGUGGGGCAUUUUAUAAAAAGAGAGUCUACUCCCAGGAGCAACAAAUCUUUUUACAUGAUCAGUCAUAAGUUAAAUUUAGAAACUGGAAUUUCUCACCAAAACACUGUAUAUACUAACACAACAUUUUUAACAACAGGUGACUGAGAAAGAACAGGAAAUAUGGCAACUGCUCAGAAGCAAAGAACCUCUCUGGUAUAGUUCCAUUUCAAAAAUUUAAUUUCUCUUACCAUUUAAUAAGGGGUUUUUUUUACAGUAAUUAUAUGUUUAUGGUAACCAUUGUGUUUAGAUCAAGUCAGUAUGAUGCACAGAAGGUUGAAGUGAGUUAGGCAUUUGCAUAUUUAUUGACAUAAUAAUGUGUAGAGCUAUUCUGAAUCCAUGCUCUUCUUAAUUCUUUCUUCUUUACCUUUUAGAGUGCAAUAAUAUUUCCCAACAAAAUAUCAACUGAGCAGCAAUCUCUAGUAUUAGUGAAAAGACUGCUGGCAAUAGCUGUAUCCUGCAUUACCUACCUAAGAGGGAUAUUUCCAGAAAGUGCAUAUGGAACAAGAUAUAUUGAUGGUAAUGGCUUUUCCAAAAAGAGCAAACUUUCUCUGUAGUGUAGCUGAUAAAUACACCAGACUGUGAUCUUCAGAAGUUACUACAUAGUGAUACCCCAGAAAAAGUACCUGAGCUUUAAGCUAUUAUUAUGUAUUUACUUAUAAACAUUUGUGACCUGCUUUCCAGCAGAAUAUCCAAAAGCAGAGUGCAAUCUCAAAAAACAAUAAAACCAUGCAAUCAAUAUAGGACCAUCCUUAAAAUAUGCAAAAACAUGUAAUCAAAUAAUUACUGUAUUUGAAGGUGCAGGGUUAUUGUUGCAAACUGCUGUUGAGUGAUUCUCCCUUUCCAUUCUGUGCUUGUGUAAAGAACAGAAAAAGUUGUCAAUAAUAGCGUCAUCAAUGUUGCAAUUAAGAUUUAUCAAAUGUAUUUUGAUUGUAUUUUAAGACCUCUGUGUGAAAAUACUGCGGGAGGAUAAAAACUGCCCUGGCUCCAGUCAGCUGGUGAAAUGGUAGGUUUUUUGUGGUUUCCAUUUUGCAAAUAAUCAGAGAAUAGGUCCUUACCGCAGGGAGCUUACAGUCUGUAAUUCAACAUGAGAAAACAGAUGAAGGGAAAUGGAGGCAGGUUUGAACGAGGGAGCGAUAGGUGACAUAUAUGUACUUAGGUUUGGUACUAUGUGCUUCCCCCAUCCGCACUAUACCAGUGUUCAAAACUCCCAUUGUUCUAGGCGCAUUUUGCGACAGGGAAUUUAAUUAGCGUGAGCAGUUUCUGAGCUCUGGGCACAGUACUGUGCCUAAGAUUUCAUAUUAAAACGGCAGAGUGGAAAGAAAGGAGGACCUUUUCCUCCCCACUUCCAGCCACUCUCUGAAGACUGGAGAUGAGACCCUCUUAAGAAUAUUAGGGGUGUGGGCAGGGGAAGGACUAGACCAUGUGAAAAAUGAACAUAAUAUUUUAGCUGCAGUUCAUUUCCAGCUUUGUAUUCUCGUUAUUAAAAAAAACAUGCCAAUACUUUCCCUUGUUGCACCCAUAACCUAGAUUUAAGGUGCCAUUUAGCUCCUAGCUUUCUUAUCUCAGUUUCUAACACUGCACUAUAAUUUAAAGCAGUAUCAUACCACUUUAGACAGUCAUAGCUUCACCCAAAAUAUCAUUAGAGCUGUAGUUAAUUAAGGGUGCUGAGAAUUGUUAGGAGACUCUCCGUCCCGCCAUAACCCUCACAGAGAUUCUUAGAGUUCCCUGGCCUGGAAAGAGGGAUUGAUAUUUAAACCACUCUGGAAAUUGUAGCUCUGUGAGGUGAACAUUUCACUGGACUCUUUGAAAGAAUCAAUGACUGUUUAAAAUGGUAUGAUACUGCUUUAAAUGUAUAGUACAGAUGAGGGAAUGGAAAGGCUAGAAUUUAAAGGAAGUAAGAGAGGUGGCAUGAUGGGAAACAGUUCCAGGCUUCAGAAGGACUAAGAGAAGAACAAAAAUGUCAUUUGAGAGAGAGCAGAAGAACUUCAGACAUUUCAGAGUGAUAGAGCUGGAGGAUAAAUGGUUAUACUGUAGGUGGGGAUUUUUCUGGGGAGAAGAGUGGAAUGAUAAAGGGGCUUGUGCAGGAUUCAGGAGUGGAGAGGAAGGCAUUUCAGAGAUUUAAGGGACAGUGAUGUGGCCAAAGCAGAUUUUGGCUUCAGGGUGCUGGCUAGAGAUGAAAGUUGUGUGUGUGUGUGUGUGUGUGUGUGUGUAGUUGAGGAUUUCACUCAGUGUAAAUAGGAAUCCAAUUGCUGUCUUUGUCAGGCCCAUAAAAUAAUGGUAAGCAUUUAAUGAAUAAAAGCAGGGUUGAAAAAUUGCACAAUAGAUACAGAUGAAUGGGAUUAAAAAACCCAAAAUGCAUAUAUUUGUGUGAAGCAGUAGCAUUUUAUGAUUUUUACAGGAUGCUGGGAUGCUAUGAUGCACUGCAGAAAAAAUAUGUAAGUUAAAUAUGGUUUUAUCUUUAAUGAGUAACUGUGCGUUCACAGAUUCAUCUUAGCAAUUUUCAUUAUAGUAAACACACUAUAAUGCUUUUAAUUUCUAAUUUAUUUUCUUUACUGUUUUGGGUAAAUAGCUCAGAUUAAUCGUCUUAGCGGUAAGUUUAAUAUAUAUUUAUACACGUCCACAUUUCAAAAUUAAUUAAUACUUCAUAUGCUGUAUUGUAUUUGGUAUUGUCCUGAUUAUGUUGUUUAUCUUUUAAAUACAGGUCUACACCAACCAGGAUGAUCCUCAGGUAAGUUUAUGAUUUUGCAUUCAUAAGUGCACAUUAUAUAUUGCAGAUGUUUUGUCCUGAAUCAAUACAUACUUUUUGUGAAGAGACAUGCUGAAAGAGACACAUGUCGACAAAUGUGGAUUGUAAGAUCAUUCAGUGCAUCUGACAGUGACCACUAUGAAAGAUCAAAGGACACCUCUAAUAGAAAUCAUUAAACAGCCAUUUGAAGGGAAUGGUUUCUGAAAUUUACUGUAAUUGGACUAUUUUCUCACCAUCUCUACAUUCCAACACCACCUCCUUUUUCAAACAGUAAUCUGCAACCAGCUUUAUAAAAGUGGUGGAUUCAGAUUGGGAAUACAUUGUUUGGGGGGAAACCAGCGGCUGCGGUCCUCAUCUAAUUCAUCCCCUUGGCUAAAGGGGUAGGGUGGGGAGGAAACUUCAGGAGAGCCAAUCACUUCUUGUCGAGUUUGACUCUUCCUUUCUUUGGGAACAAGAGAAGAGUGUAUCAAGUGUAUAUUGCUGAGGUGGGGAACCUGUGGCAGUCCAGGUGUUGCUGGAAUACAACUCCCAUCAUCACAGAUGAUUUUCCAGGCUGGCUGAGGCUGAUGGGAGCUGGGAGUCCAACAGCAUCUGGAGAACCGCAAGUACUCUUUCCCAGGCAUAUGCCUUGCCACAGAUAAGGAUAAAAAAAUCCAGCCACUAGGUGUCACUCUUCCUCUAUUUGAUGUGAUAAUUAGAAUAAUAUUAAAGAAGAUGAAUUCUACAUAUUAAAUGUUGCAGCCCAGACUUUAUGGCAAUCUUUUCUCUUAUUAUUUGCUUCUGCUGACCCUAAUUCCAUUAGAAAAGUGUGCAUUGUUUUUUAAGAAAGAAUAUCCAAAUGAUCACAAAGGAACGCUGGUAAUGAAAAAGGGAUUAAAACUGGAUUGCAGUACUUAGGCCAGCAUCAAAUCAAACUCCAUGAUGAAGGACAUUCCAUUUUUUUAUACUGAUGUUGUUUAAAGAAAGUGGAUCUUUCUUCCAUGAAAGUGAAUGGUGCAGGGAAGCCUUGAAACAAAUUGCUGGUUUGGCUUGUGAAUUGACAGUUUGGGUGGCCUGGACACCCUGGAUUAACAUCUACUCUGGAUGAAGUCUAUUUAAAAGAGUCAAAUCCAGCCUUUCUGUCAUCAAAGGCUCUAAAAGAGAUUUCAGUCCAAUGAGUGGUAUCCAGCUAGGUUGAAACUGAUAUACAUAAGUUAGUCAUGUUGAUUAAUUUCAGUGGGUCUAGGACCAACACCAGAUGCAACCCAUUGCGUUCAGUACUGCAGUUAAGUAUCCAUAUUGCUUGUUCACUUUAGAUACAAUGAGUUUAAAAGUAUUAGCUAUCAGUAUACAUUACUACUGAGAGCCAAAGUGCUUAGAUUCAGAUUGUGGAGACCUGGAUUCAACACCCCACUCAGCCAUGAAACUCACUUCAGGACCUGUCACUCUUGUUCUGCCUAACCUACCUCACUGGGUUGUUAUGACAAUAAAACAGGGGAAAGAGAGCCCAUGUCCUUCACCCUGAGCUUACUGGAGGACAUUCAAAGGCGGAGGAUUUGUUAGGCUUGGUGCUGCAUUCUACUUGCUGUUUCCAAUUUUAGGCCCUUGAUACGUAACUACUAUGUUUUGUGUUUAGACUGUUACAGAGUGCUACCAAUUUAAGUUCAAAUACAGCGAUCAAGGACCAUCUAUGGAUUUCACAAGGUAUUCUCUCCUCUCCUACCCCACUGUUUUCAUCAGGCAGUUAUACGAGACAUUUCUCUGCCAGGCUGUUCUUGCAAGCUGAGAAAAGCCAACAUGUAUUCUUUGAUUCUAGAAAGUGGAUGUUAAUAUGUCCCUGUGUUCACCAAAGAGAAGGCAUUUAAUUGCUGCAGAACAAAUGCUCAAUAACAAUCAGCCCUCAAUUGGUUUCUAGUCACAUUUAUUAGAAAGGCUCAGGAAAUAUUAUCAAAUAGGAAAUAUGCAAUUUUAUCGGUUCCCAAUUUCUCCUGUUCCUAAUGGAUUUGACUUCCAGAAUAUAGAUACAGUACUCUAAACAAUUGUCUUCAGCAUUUUCAGCCCAUGACCUACCUUUAACCCAAACAUGCAUUUUAAAAUUUCUUAAAUACUUUACCAUGUGUUUGUAUGUGGGGAGUAUAAUGCUACCAUUGUUAUCUAGCUUAGAUCAGGCUCAGAGUCAAUAGUGGGUCCUGACUGCUUUAAACCAUGGUGGGCUGGGGCAUGUUGCUUAGACAGAUGAGGAGAGCGGAGGAUGGGAAGAAGGAGAGUAAAGCCACACUUUGUGGGUAAGGGCUAGGGAUGUAAGAAGGCUCCUGUGUCCAUUUCCAGUAUUGCUAAUAGAGGCACCAGCUGUCCUUGCUUUCAAAUAAUGGAUGGUUUUGUUUUUUCUAGUAAAAACAAUGGAAGUAAUUCCAACAACACGUGCACAAGUACUAAGAAAGCUAGUAUCCUGAUGCUACGAAAGAUUUAUGUCCUGAUGCAGAACCUGGGCCCUCUGCCUGGUGAUGUCUGUCUGACGAUGAAGCUGUUCUAUUACGAUGAAGGUACCAUUUCAAAUUUUAAUUCUGUUCAACAUCAAUAUGUCAGAAUAAUUGCUGACGAAACAAAUGUUUCCCAUUAUGGAAUAUCACCAACUUUCCUUUUUAGUUACACCUCCUGAUUACCACCCUCCAGGAUUCAAAGAGGGUCAUUGUGAAGCAGUGGCAUUCGAGGGGGAGCCAAUGUACCUAAGUGUUGGUGAGAUCCCAACCCCUUUUCAUACGAUGAAAGUUAAAGUGACGACGGAAAAAGAUCGAAUAGAGUGCAUCGAUGCAGACUUAUUAAGGCAAGGGAAGGCAUUGACUUCCACAAAGCUACAGCAUCUUGAUAGAAUGGAUGUAAGGGUUUGAAAUUUAUUUUUUAGUUUUGUAAUGAUGCAUGGAGUUAUUAUUUGAAAUUUUGACAGUAUUUGCAUUGCCUAUCCUUAACAAAAUGCUUUUACAGGUACAUUUCAGCUUUGUUGAAGACGUUCUUGUUUGUGUUCUUUACACAGGAAGAUUUUAUUGCAGAAAACACAAUGAGGGAGCAGCAAAACACACACAGGGUUCCUCAUACUAAAGGUACACAGAGCAUAUGUUAUUUAGGAGUGUUUUGCUUUCAUAUUGGUACAUGGUGAUGUGUUCUCCAUGGCAACACCUUUUCUGCACACCUCUUUAAUUUUAUGAAACUGUGCAUGACACUCUGCUCAGAACUUGGGUUAGAAGAUAGGAACACAGGAAGCUGCUAAAUACCAAGUCAGGCUAUUGGUCCAUCUAGCUCAGUAUUGCCUACACCGACUGCCAAUGACUUUUCAGGGUUUCAGGCAAGAGGUCAUUCCCAGCUCUUCUUGGAGAUGCCAGAGAUUGAACCUGGACAUCAGAUGUUCUACCACUGAGUUACAACCCUUGCUUUUAGAAACCUAGGAAGCUGCCUUAGACUAAGUCACAUUCAUUGGUUCAUCUAGCUUAGUACUGUCUACACCAAUGGGCAGUAGCUCUGCAGGAUUUCAGGCAGAAGUUGUUCCCAUGCUUACCUGGAGAUGCCAAAGAUUGAACCUUGGACCUUCUGCGUGCAAUAUGUGUGCUUUACCACUUAGCAAUGUCCUUUCCCCCAAGAAUGAACCUUCCCACAUGUUUAGACUACUUUCACAUCCUGAACUUGCAAUGACAGCAGGGGAGGAAGGACCACAAUCCUCACAGUUAAUAUCUCCAGCAGUUUUUGUCUCCUUAGCAACUGCCUGCACCUUCUGGAGGAGGCUGCCUCUCAGAGAAGACUAGAGCCUUGUCAAUGUAUCUGUCAAUCCUCUUUUAAGAACAUUCUACUUAUGUACAGAAAUAUAAACUCUUUGUUUAUUCAGUGUUCUGAGAAUUUGUACAAUUUUCUUCCAAUGCCAUUCCCAGAACUUAAUUUAGUGUGUGAAGAAGAUGAAGACAUGAGGAUAGAAGAUAGCCAAACUUUCUCCAUCAAUAGUUCUCAGGUAUAAAGCUGCCUUUUUAUUCUGUACCAAUGUUUGGUUCUCAUUUAGUUUUUUGGAUUUACUUUUUUGUGGCUGGAUAAAUGUUUACUAGAUUUAACAAGUGCAACACAAUCUGACAAUUAGCGGAAGAGUUCCUGCAAAAUGUAUGUAGAUAUUGUUUGUAUGGGUGUAUAUUUGGCAAAAUCACAUACAAAACUGUGUAGAUAUGUUUGUCCUCAUUCCAAGAGCCCAAACCAAAGCUGUUCUCUUUUAAAAAGCUGUUCUCUUUGUUUGUUUAACUGUUUUUAGGUGGAACAUCUAAUUAAUAAGACAUCAGAACUUGAAGUAGCUGAGGGAAAGACCCGAAGUGGAAGGAAGUUUAAAGGCAACACAGUUAGUGUCAUUUUUAAAAUAAUUAACGAACUAUUCUGUUGCAUGAUCUGAAUGAGAUAAAAAAUUUAAGGGAUGCAUAACUUAGAUUUUUACAGUACAAAUCCUGUUCUUUAAGGCUUAGCUCAGUUUUCAGGUUACCUCAAUUUUGCUACUGUUGCGCAAGUUGCAGUCAGGAUGAUUAUUAAUUCUAUUAUUUUUGAUAAUGUAUUCAUUUAUUUCCAUAGCAUUCCCUCCCCCAAUAGUACUCCAAAUGCAUUGCCUUAGUUAUCCUCCCAGCAAGCUUGUGAUUUUCGUAAGGCCACGUGAUAAGCUGCACAGCUGAACCUGGAUGCGCAGCAUCACAGCCCAAUUUCUUCUCACAGUUUCAUACUAAGCUCUUUGAAAAUAUUUGAUUUAGGCUCCAGUGCCAAUGCCAUGCCAUUGCCGUGUUCACGUCCGGCAUGUUUGGGCACUAACUAAGGGCUCCUUCAGAUGCUCUAUUUAUUGAGCAUUUAUUCUGAUUUGUUUGCAGGGAGAUUAUAUACCUCUUCCCAUCAAAUGAUCAUUCAUCCCACACUUUUUUAAUGCAUUUCCCCAUCACGUUCCUUACCACAAAGGGUCUGCUGUCUUUUUAAAGUGGAUUUGUUGCUCCAGAGUGCUUUAAAUCAACUUAAAUUGCAUAAAACUAAAUUCCUGAUAUGCCAUUGAAUCCAUCCCACAAAAUAAUAACAGUCUGGAGGUAACCUAAGCAUUUAUUAUAAAUAGUAGUAGCACCAGUAGGGCAACAUAUUCAUUAGGUAAUUUUCAACAAUAAAAUACCAGAGCUUAGGCUUUGUGAAAGAUAGACAAAGCUAUUGUUGUCCACAGCAAUAUUUUGAGGGAGGUAAUGUUAAAAAUGUAAGAAGCUGAGUUUUGUACAAGCUGCAGGACUAGAUUACUACAAGUUUUUGAUAGCUUUUGCUUCUAAGAAGGCCUUGGACUCUGAAACCUAGGAAGAAAGUUGCAUGAAACCAUACAACCCAGAAGGUCCUGCUUUUGAGCUGAAAAAGUUUUGUAAAAAUUUCAGCUCAUCUCUUUUACAGACACUGUGAGGGACCAUCCCCACUCUCUGUCCAUCAAACUAAGGUUGUUUCUACCCUCACUCCUCUCCUAGUUUCGCUCUGUUCAGUACAGAAACAUACCUUCGUAGGCAUCUGCCAGUUGCUUUACUGACAUUUUCACCUUAUAGACAUUGUGGGGGAAGAUUCCACCAGAAUCAGCAUCUUAGGAAAUGCCCUUCAGAUGUACAGCGGUGAAAGUAAAUCAUAAUGUUGUCAUGACCAAGCUAAGACUUGCCCUUACUGUCGCCACUCUUAAAGAGUCCUUCAUUAAUUUUUUAACACACGUUGAGGAAGAGUAACAGCCUACGGAUGCACAGCACGCUCCUUAAUAGCCAUCUGCAGACCUCUCUCCUGGAGCUAACGGUUCUUCUGUCUCUGUCAAGGGUGACAAGGGAGGCAGCAACAAAAUUCAGUUAGCAGCAAAGUGUCCCAGAGAAACCCAGAAGAGAAGAAACUCAGAAUCGGGCAAGCCAGUAAGUUCUUUCCAUGCAUUAUGAGGAAAGUAACAAGAGUUCUUGCUGUGGGUGCCCCAUCUCCAGUCUUUAUGAAUCCAACAUUUCUAUGCAAAACCAGAAGCCUUGGUUUGUCACUGUUUUUUGUUUAGGGGCAAUUACAAUAUUGGAAAAUUAGGUGAUUUUAUAGGGCUGUCGUCCACUGUGUUUUCACUCAUGUCAGUCCUGUUGAUUUGAGUGAGACCUGCUGUGCAACCUUGCCCUAGGCAUGUUUACUUGGUGAAGUCCCACUGUGCUUCAUUGGGGUUCAAACGGUGCCUAGGACUGUGGCCUUAAGUGGACAAAAUGAUGCCUUCAAUUGCAGCCAUUAUAGUGAACAAAUGAGGCUGCACAGAACAAAAUGUGGUUUGUGGAGGUGGGAUGUGUUUCUUUCUUCUGGAUUCUUCCUCCCAGCUGGAGCCUCUGAAGGUGCAGACGGUGCUGGCUGUCACCCAGUCUGCAUCUUCAGAGCUUCCGUUUCACAGGCAAGGAGGCUGACCAGAGCAGAAACAGCAGUUCCCAAAGUGAGAAAGAGGCAAAUAACCCAGGGAUGCCCAAACAAUUGCUGAGAGACAGUUUAAAAUAUAUGUCUCUUCAAUACAACUUGUGCAAUGAGGACCCUCAACAACCACUUAUGUUGUAAGACAGCUCCAGAAACCAGUAUGGUGACAUCCUUUUCCUACACACAAGUUUUUGCUUUUUCUGGACUUGCUGUUUUUGGCUCUGCUAGUUAAAGUUUGGUUGGAGCUAAGGUAUUCCUGGCAGGUAGUGAGUUCUAUGGCCUACUUUUUCAUAACCUGUUUACCCUGAGAUCUAGGACAAUGGUGAGUAUUACCUGCUGUUAGGGAUGGGCAAGUCUGACAGUUUUGGUUUCCCUCAAUUCCCCUCAUUUUUUCCAGCCUUCAGUUGAUUUCUCCACAUUUCUACAUCUCCAAAGACUGAAUGGAGAGAUGGUCGGCUGGAGCCUUCACUACCUGGUCUUUGCUCUGCCCCCCAGCCGGCAGCCGAUUGGGUAGCCGGGGAGGGGGUGGAGCAACAGCCAGCAACUAAAGGGGGUGUCACCCUGGCACGGGAAGCCCAUGCCAAGUCACAAACCCCACCCACUGCUUGGAAGAGUGAGCGUUAAUUGUGAAAUUCUUUUUUAAAGUCCUCAUGAAAAUUUAUCUGCAUUUCAGUGCCAAUUUCUUCUAAUAUACACAUUUGGGUGGCGCCUAGGAAUUGCCGAUCAGAAGGUCGGCGGUUCGAAUCCCCAUGACGGGGUGAGCUCCCAUUGCUUAGUCCCAGCUCCUGCCAACCUAGCAGUUCGAAAGCACAUAAAAGUGCAAGUAGAUAAAUAGGUACCACUCCGGCAGGAAGGUAAACAGCGUUUCCAUGUGCUGCUCUGGUUUCGCCAGAAGCGGCUUAGUCAUGCUGGCCACAUGACCCGGAAAAACUAUCUGUGGACAAAUGUCGGCUCCCUCGGCCAGUAAAGCAAGAUGAGCACCGCAACCCCAGAGUCGUCCGCGACUGGACUUAACUGUCAGGGGUCCUUUACCUUUUUAUACACAUUUGCAGAAUAUACACAUUUUUGCAAAGCAAUUUUUCCUAACAUAAUGCUCUUUUGUAUGUUCUUUUUGACUAAUUUGUGCACUUUUAUGCACUUUAUCCCAGUAUGCCUAUUUUUGUGUAUACUGGGGCAAAGUGCACAAAAGUGCACACAUUUUUGUGUAUACUGGGGAAUAUCUGUGCAUAAUAUGUGCACUUUGCCACAGUGAACACAUUUUUUGUACACAAUACUUGGCUGGAGAACAGCACUGCAAAAUCCAGAAAAGGUGGGGAAAAUGUCAGGCUGGAUGGAUGCAAGGCAGGGUUCAGCCUGUGCUCUGGGGAACAUGGAGCUCUGAGCUUUCUCCAGCAAGGAGAACAAGCUGAAACUGAGACCUUAUACAGUGGUACCUCUGGUUACGUACUUAAUUCAUUCCGGAGGUCUGUUCUUAACUUGAAACUGUUCUGAACCUGAAGCACCACUUUAGCUAAUGGGGCCUCACUCUGCUGCCGCGCCACCGCGGUGCAAUUUCUCUUCUCAUCCUGAAGCAAAGUUCUUAAUCCGAGGUGCUGUUACUGGGUUAGCGGCAUCUGUAACCUGAAGCGUAUGUAACCUUGAAGCAUAUGUAACCCGAGGUACCACUGUAUAGCAGUAGUAGCAGCAGCAGCAGCGAUAGCAGUGGCAGGGACAGUCUAAUUGAUAUAGCCAUCUGUGCUGCAAGAUGCUGCUCUACUUAAAGGACCCGGCCUUCGGCACUGGUCUCCUACUGUGAUAAGCAGGGGAGCUACAGGCCUUUCUGAGUCUUCUCCAGGGGAGUCCUCUGAGACAGAAUGGCAGUGCCACAUCCUCAGGCUGGGGUAGGGGCACACUGGUGCAGCAGGUUCAUCUGAGAGUGCUUCUGGGGCUGGCCCUGCAUGCCCUUUCCCCUUCUGCUUCAGAGUCCUCGUUCUCAUCCCCUACAGAUGAGGAAUCUGACACCAGGGUCAUCAAUGACAGCCUGGUGCUGGUGUCAGGCUUUGGGGUGGGUGGGGGGGAGGCUGAUUUACAAUUUUCUCAGUUAAAGUGCAUAGUUCCUAUUUGAUCAGAUAGAACUGAAAUUCCCAUUUGAUCAAUGACAUAUCACAGAUGCAUGGUUUAUAGGGCAAUUGUAGCAAACCCUUCACUGAAAAACCAGCAGAGAGGACAAAAAGUUCUUUGUUCUCUGUAACUCAGCAUUAUUGGGCUCUACCUGACAAUAUUUAGGUGCAUUAGAGUGAGUAAGUCAGUAUGUUGAUUUUAAUGGUUCUGCUCUGAGUUUGACUAAAUAAUACUUCAUUGUCUUUUUAAAAAAGGUUUAUCAUCUUGAGUUCUUUUCUGGUGAAGACUCAGUUCCCAAACGGAGAAAAAUCAGUGAACCAAAGGAGCGGAUUUAGAUAUUGGUUUUCAAAUGUUUAUUAUUUCCCGUUUCCCCCCCCUCCCUAGAAUGUUUUUCUCAUUAUACCUAGUAUUUUGAUGUUUUAGAGGGGGUAUAGUUUAACCUGUUAAAACCAUCCAACAUUUUUCAGUGCUUUUAUUUGCAGUUAAGAGUACAGGCUUUUAAUUCAGGUACACGUAAAAUCUAGUCUUGUAAAUUUCACUUGUCAGCGUGGAUAGAGAGCUGCUGCUUUAUCUGAGGCCUGAUUUAAAUGUAAUAUUGGGCAUGCAAGAAAAUAUACCCAUGUGGCAUUUCAUGUAGUCAGGCUCACAUUAAAUUUGGGACUCUGAGCUGUUACCUGUACAGUGUGCCCGGGCAAUGAAUCUCAGGUGUGCUUAAUGUUGCAUGCACAGGCGAAAUGAGACCCAACAGCAGUUUAAAUUGGGCCAGAGGGAAAUGUCCUUAAGAACAAACUAUGAUAAAUUGAUUCCAAAUGGAAAAUUUUCAGGUAAUAUUAUUACUGCCAUGCAAAUUAAAAGAAGGAAAAAGCUAAAGGUUUGCAACUCAACCUCCUAGAUUUUGGGACUGCAACUCCCAUCAGUCCCAGGGCUGAUAGGAGUUGUAGUCCAAAAAAUGGGGGUGGGGGUGGGACACCAGCUUGGGGAAGGAUGUUGUAACCAGUAGCCUCAUCCACAGAAAAAGUUAAUCACAUUUAAGUACUGUGGAAUGAGAUGUCACAAAAUUGACUUAAGCCCCAUGGAUUCCAACAGUUCUUAGGUACAUCUUACUUUCUCUGGAGCUAGCAAUUAACUUUUAAAGCAUUUGUUGCUUUGUUUUCUGUUACUAGAAGUGUUAUAAAAAAUGUAGAGAAAAUGUUUAAAAAUUUUAUGCUAUAUAAUUCUUGAAACAUAAUGGAAGUAUGACUCGAGAACAUAUUGAUUUCUGAUUAAAUGUUUAUAGAGGUCUGCAGUGCAUGUGCUUUGUUUUAGACCUUCAAAUUUUACAGCCACAAUAAAAUAUUUACAACUUG